GCUUUCAACAACACACGUUAAUACACACAUUAUACACAAAUUGGAGAUGCUCACCAGAAAAGGUGUGAUCACGUUGUUAGUUUUGUGCUGUAUAGGCUUAUUGAGAACAUUUGAAUUAAACGAAUCAGAUCCGAAGUGCUCGAACUGCAAGCAACUCCAGGCAAGGUGUUUAAUAUCAAAAUCCGGCAUCUUCUGCACAAACAAAACGGACAGGCAAAAAAUCAAGUUUACAACGGAAGCACAAUCGGAUUACUCUACUUUGGGGGACUGUGUACCCGAGAAAUACGCCGUGAUAGGACCGAUUAUGGACUGGUGCUGCCUGUGGUCUCCGCAGAUGGGGUGUCAGCAAUUGGCCGGUUACUACUACCAGAACCAAUCGGACUGGGAGCAAACCUGCGGAUUGUGCGAACACUCGUGUCCCUGCAACGAGGAUAGGAACAGAAUGGCCAGGACAUCGCCCAGAAGAUGGUGCGAUGUCCUCGGCAUUCUGGCCGUCCUGUCGAGGACAUAUCUGCUAUCUUGAGAUUCGUCGCUUUGCAUAUCACAGGAAAUUCAAUAAAGCUGCCGGCAUGGGGGAAUCUCGAGUGGCCGGGCUCGAGACCAAAAAACAAAGUGGCCAUUGCACUAAGCCAAGGCGCAUACAAAUCAAGUCAACAAUGGGUAUCCCACUGUCCCCAAGCGAAGCGGAGCACAUGACUUUGGUCUUUGGAGGAGAGACGAGGGAAUGGGAUAUUGUUUCUGUUUGUUCUUACCAGAAAGUACCAGUGUUGACAGAUAUUCAGAAGGAAAACAUCAGUUUUUUUUAAAGGAAAGGAAAACUGAACGAAGUAUAAUAUCAGGCUUAAAAUGAAAGUCAAGUAAAUUUAUGUGUAGCUGCCUUAAAGAAAUGAAAAAUUAAAUACAAAAAAUAAAUAUAAUUUUUUUUUUAAA